AUGAGCAGCAGCAGAAGCAUCAGCACCAGCAGCAGCAGCAGCAAGACCAUCAGAACCAGCAGCAUCAGCAGCAUCAGCAUCAACAGCAGCAUCAGCAUCAACAGCAGCAGCAGCAGCACCACCACCACCACCACCACCAGCAUCAGCAGCAUCAGCAGCAUCAACAGCAGCAUCAGCUGCAUCAGCAUCAACAACAACAACAAAAACAACAACAGCAGCAGCAUCAGCAGCAGCAUCAGCAUCAGCAUCAGCAGCAUCAGCAGCAUCAGCAGCAGCAGCACUAGCAGCAGCAGCAUCAGCAUCAGCAUCAGCAUCAGCAUCAGCAGCAUCAGCAUCAUCACCACCACCACCACCACCACCACCACCAAUAUCAGCAGCAUCAGCAGCAGCAGCAGCAGCAGCAGCAGCAGCAGCAGCAGCAGCAGCAGUAUCUAA